UGCCGGGCCCUGCCUUGCAGGCCAUGGGGGAAGGGGGCGCCGUGGGGCGCCGCCGGCCCUUCCCCGGGGCGCCGCGGCGGCGCUGGUGGCGGCGGCAGCAGCAGCAGCAGCGGCAGCGGCAGCGGUGGUGGCCGGGCCGCGGCGGCGGCGAGGGCGCGGGGCGCGCCGCCAUGGGCCUGGCCGGGCUGCAGGAGAACGUGUUUACCGGGCAGUCAAAGAUCUACACCUACAUGAGCCCGAACAAAUGUUCUGGAAUGCGUUCCCCCCUUCAGGAAGAGAACUCAGUUGCCCAUCACGAAGUCAGAUGCCAGGGGAAGCCAUUUGCCGGAAUCUACCGGAAACGGGAAGAGAAGAGAACCACUGGGAACGCUGUGCGAAGCACCGUCAAGUCCGAGGAACUAAAGAUCAAAGACGCCAGGAGAGGCCCCCUGGCGCCUUUUCCAAACCAAAAACCUGAAGCAGCAGAACCUCCAAAAACUCCGACCUCAUCUUGUGACUCCCCCAAUGCAGCCAUCGCCAGGCCGGCCCUGAAGAAGCCUGUCAAGGGCAAGCAGGCCGCUCGGAAAAAAGCUCAAGGAAGGAUGCAGCAGAACCGCAAACUCACGGAUUUCUACCCUGUGCGGAGGAGCUCCAGGAAGAGUAAAGCGGAGCUGCAGUCUGAAGAAAGGAAACGAAUAGACGAAUUGAUCGAAAGUGGGAAGGAAGAAGGAAUGAAGAUCGACCUCAUCGAUGGCAAAGGCAGGGGCGUGAUCGCCACCAAGCAGUUCUCCCGGGGCGAGUUUGUGGUGGAGUACCACGGGGACCUCAUCGAGAUCACCGACGCCAGGAAGCGGGAGGCCUUGUAUGCACAAGACCCCUCCACCGGCUGCUACAUGUACUAUUUCCAGUACUUGAGCAAAACCUACUGUGUGGAUGCGACCAGAGAGACAAAUCGCCUGGGAAGACUGAUCAAUCACAGUAAAUGUGGGAACUGCCAAACCAAACUGCACGACAUCGACGGCGUGCCGCACCUCAUCCUCAUCGCCUCCCGCGACAUCGAGGCCGGGGAGGAGCUCCUGUACGACUACGGGGACCGCAGCCGGGCCUCCAUCGAAGCCCACCCCUGGCUGAAGCAUUGACCGCCCCCCCCAGUGGACAGAAUGCCCUCAAAGGGAAUUUUUUUUUUUUUACACACUUAAUCGUAGCAGAUUACUUCAGAUGUUUUUAAAAAGUAUAUUAAGAUGCCUUUUCACUGUCGUAUUUAAAUAUCUGUUACAGGUUUCCAAGGUGGACUUGAACAGAUGGCCUUAUAUUACCAAAACUUUUCUAUUCUAGUUGUUUUUGUACCUUUUUUGCAUACAAGUUGGACGUCCGUGCUUCCGGUGCAUGCGGUCAGAGACUCGGCACAGGUUUCCGAGGACAGAGCCGGACGCGAACGCGGACGCUGGGCGAUGCGCCCGCCUCCAGCCACAGAGCCAGGACUCUCCCGACACCCCGACGUCCGCGCGCAGGUGGCCUCGCGACGGCCCGGACGGGAUGUAAGCUCUUGUUUUCCUGAGGUCUCCACAGGCACACAUGGAAGCGUAUGAAUAUUUUUAAAAGGGUUUCGCAGUGAGUGAGUCUUCCCCUCUGCUUUCUCGAGCGCGUGCCGCCCCGGUGGGCCCUGGGCACAGGCCGGCCUGGGUCUGCUCUCGCUCGGGCCGCGCGUUUCCGGCGCCCGGAGCCUCGGGCAGCCCUCGAAGGAGAUGCGGGCAGGGAAAGCGUUGCUAGCCGGCCCCGCCAGGGCAGGGCCUCCCCAAACGGGGGUAAUUCUUUAUAGAAAUGUGAACACUGAAUUUAUUUUAAAAAAAAUAAUAAAAAUAAAAAAACAAAAAAGACAAAAAAAAGUAAAAAAAAAAACCCACAGAAAACAACUUACGUGUAUAUAGGUCUUAAAGUGAGUGGAGUGGCUGCGUUUUGUUUUUUCUUUUUCUUUUGGUUUGGUUUUUUGGCUUGUUUUUGUAGAAGAGGUUUGAGAUGGUACUCUAUUCUAAUCAAAAAUAAAGUUUUGUAGUGGGACCAGAAAUUACUUAUCCAGCGCCCCCGCCCCGCCCCCACCCCACCAGAGUCUGCUGGGUUGGAAGUUCCAGACCUGCGGUCAGGCUUCCGUUGGUCAGACCACCUGGUGUCCUUCCUGCAGAAGGCAACGCAGGCCGCGCAGCCCUGGGCUGAGGGGCGAGCCUACCAGCCCUGAAUUGCAGGCCGAAGGGCGCAGCGUUCGCCUCCACGGGGACAGGAUGAAUGAGGAGGCCGCUUCCUCCUCCCUCCCAAAGGGGGACCGAGUCUCACUCUGCUAACCUGCGGUCCAGGGGUUCCCUGGGCCUUGGAGCCGGGACGUGGGCUCUCCUGACACCCUCUGGGCCCAGGUAACUGUGAAUGGAGACAGGUGUGAGAAUCUGUCCUCAGCCUUGACGCCCUCCACCCCCGCCCGCCCCAGCCUCCCGACGGUGCUACCUAAGGAAGUCUUCCCCCAGCCCGCACUUGCCUGGUCAGUGGUCAGCCAGUUGGAGGAGGAUCCGACGGAGUGUGUCAAUGUGAGAUAGGAUGUCUCGGUUGUACCUGUUUGUGGUUUAGCUUUGUAUUUAAAAAAGGAAAUAAACUUGAAAAUUAUUUGUCAUCAUAAAAAUGAAACAAAUUAAAAUAUUUAUU